CUCUCUGCUGCUUCCUCUCCGUUCUCUCUCCUGCGCACUGUACUGGUAGUCACUAGCAAUGGCGAUGCGAUGAAUGCCUCAAUGCCGUGGAAGUCUCGCGUUCGCUCUAGGUGGUCGAGUCGCCCGCCGCGGCGAUUGGGCGUCGCCAAUGGAGCGAUCAGGUGGCCGAAUCGCGCGUCCGCUUCGGCGAUUAGGCGUCGCCAUGGCGAAUCAGUCGUCCGAAUCGCCUGACUAGGCGUCCGCUUCGACGAUUAAGCGUCGCCAUGGCGAUCGACUAUAUUUUGAGAGAGAGAGAGAGAGAGAGAGGGUUGGGGCACGAACACAUCGUGGGGCUGAGGGGAGGCGAACCCUAGCCGCCGCCGCCACAGCCGCGACCGUGGAUCGUCGGCGUCGAGCCAUCCCCUCCCUGCGCACUUCCUUCCGGUGGCCACCGUCGAGAGCUCCUCCCUCCGCUCUUCCUUCUGGAGGCCGUCGUCCCCAGCUCCUCCCGUGCCGUCUCAUCAUGGUGGAUCCAUUCGCCAGCGAAGGGAGUCAGUAUGACCCAUCCAAGGAUCCUGAACGGAAGUCUAAGUCAAAAGAUCCGGGAUGGAAAUACUGCUUCUGGCCAGACUUGAGCAACAGAGAUUUGAUCCACUGCUCGCUUUGUGGCAAGCAAAUGAUUGCAGGAUUCAAGAGAGUCAGCAACAUCUUGCAACAGGAUUUGGAGAUGUGCAGUGCAGCGGUGCCCCAAUACUACCACAGCUAUCAUGAAAGAGAUGAGAGCAUAUCUGAAGAAGAAUUCGAGAAUUGGCAAAUAUCUCAACUUACACCCCUCCUCUUAUCGGCCAAUGCCAAGUUCUGAGACAGCUGCCAAAAGGAAACAAGCUCCUGACGCUCUUCAAUUUGGACGACCAACCCCAAAACAAACAACAUCUGUUGCUUCUAUGCUUUGCAAGGCACCUGAAGAGGUUGACGAAGAUAUCCAUGCCAAGGGGCCUUCUCAAUCUACCAUUGAGCAAUGUACAAGGCAGUACAAUGGAAAACAAAUGGUCCAUCAGCAAAUAGCAAAUUUGUUUUCUGAAUUUGACAUACCAUUUGCUGCUGCGCACUCAAGGAGCUUUGAGACUAUGGUUCAAUCCAUCAUACAAUUUGGACCUGGUUAUAAGCCUCCUAGUCAUCAGGAUUGGUGGGUUCCGUUGCUUGUUGGGGCAAAGGAGACUACGUUGGGAGCCAGUGGUAAUAUGGGAGAUUUGAAUGAAUCGGACGAUGAUAUUUGGUAGUUAAGACCAGAAUCAUUUACCUAUGAUGUCAUGCUAGUAUACUAUUAUGCUGUUUAUCUGUCUCGGAGAACGCUGAUGCUUAUGACCUAUGUACUUUUGGUGGAUGAUUUUUGCUAUAUUUAUUACCUUUGAUAACUUCUACUAAUGUGCAAUGUUGGUAUGUUUCUGUAUUAUUGUUUGCUAAA